AUGAAAAAUCUAAAAGAAAAUGAAAACGUUGAAGAAUUUUUCGUGACCAUUGCUGAAGCUUAUGAUGUUUUAUCAAAUGAAAAAUUAAAAGCUGUUUACGACCAAUAUGGUUCAGUUGGUCUUAAAAAUGGCGUUCCAACUCCUGACGGUUUCGUACCUCCAUACGUAUAUCACGGAGAUUAUUUAAGAACAUACGAAGAAUUUUUUGGAACUAAAAGUCCUUUUGCAGACAUUCUCGAUAUAAGAAUGCAUCCAUUACCUGUGUAUAAUCUUCCAGAAGGAAAAGGAGUUAAAAUUAAAUCUGAAUCAUUAAUAAGACCUAUUUACUGUACCAUCGAAGAAGUAAAAAUUAUUUCACCGGAAAGUUGCGGUCAAACGGAAGUAAGAGAAGUUAUUUUAAACAUACCAAUAAAACCUGGAUUACUUCAAGGUACGGAAAUUGUAUUUCCAUGUGCUGGUGAUCAAGGUCCAACCGUCGAACCUGCUGAUAUUAUUUUCAAAGUCACCGACAGACCACAUGAUUUGUUUGUCAGAGAUGGUGUAAAUUUAAAAAUGACAGUAAAUAUAACUUUAUUAGAAGCUUUAACAGGGACUACGGUGGCUGUAAAAACACCAGAUGAUAGAAAACUAAAAAUACCUAUUCACGACAUUAUACAUCCGGAAUACGAAAAAAUAAUUAAAAAUGAAGGGAUGCCUCACGUGGAUGACAAUUUAAAAAAAGGAGAUUUAAUUAUACGUUUUAAAAUUGCUUUUCCAGCUUAUUUGCCAAGAGUUAGUAAAAAUCUUAUUAAAAAAGCGCUCAACGUUUGCAAAUUGUUAGCCGUUUCCGGUGAAUCUGAAAGUAUUAAUUUACGAAUUAUUAUGGAUCAAAUCAAUAGAAAACCUAGUUAUGAUUUUUUUCAUACGAAAAAAUAA